AAGCGAUCGCGUUGGUUCUCUUCUUCAAAACAAGCUCUCUCUGUCCCUCUCUGUCUCUCUCUUUGGGUAAUCGGAAAAAUCAGAAAAAUGGGAACCCUAGGACGAGCGAUUCACACUGUGGGUAAUCGGAUUCGUGGAACUGCCCAAGCCCAAGCUCGCGUUGGUUCUCUUCUUCAAGGAAGCCACCACAUCGAGAAACAUCUGUCGAGGCAUCGGACGUUGAUUACUGUGGCUCCGAACGCUUCUGUGAUUGGUGAUGUUCAGAUCAAUAAAGGCUCGUUCAUUUCGUAUGCAAGUGUUUCUCGUGAUUUGCAGUAUCCUCGUGCAAUGGGAAUGGGACAGGUCCGGAGAUUUAGCGAAGAUGUUUCUCACAUGCCUGAAAUGGAAGACUCUGAUGUUCUGAAUGCAUUCAAAGACUUGAUGGCUGCAGAUUGGGCUGAGCUUCCUUCUGCUGUUGUUAAAGAUGCUAAAACCGCGAUAUCGAAAAACACAGAUGACAAGGCAGGGCAAGAGGCUUUGAAAAAUGUGUUCCGAGCAGCUGAAGCUGUAGAGGAAUUUGGUGGGAUUCUCACUUCGAUUAAGAUGGAAAUCGAUGAUAGCAUUGGAAUGAGUGGGGAGGGUGUGAAGCCUUUACCAAAUGAUAUAACCGAUGCGCUGCGUACUGCUUAUCAGAGGUAUGCUGAGUAUCUAGACUCCUUUGAACCUGAAGAAGUCUACUUGAAGAAGAAGGUUGAGAUGGAGUUGGGGACUAAGAUGAUCCACUUGAAGAUGAGAUGCAGCGGGCUUGGUUCUGAAUGGGGAAAGGUUACUGUUCUUGGAACCUCAGGACUCUCGGGAUCUUACGUGGAGCAAAGGGCCUAAAACAAAAAGAGAAGAUCUAGAAUUACGUGCGAAGCUUGUUAUGUUGUUAUUGCGUUAUUUUGUCUUAGCACAUAAUAAAGGUCAAUCUGACCAAAAGACAUAUCAGGUGAGUCUGUUCAUUGUUUCCUCCAAAUGAAGCUUUAAAAUUUAGAGCUUAACACCAAUUGAAAAAUAAACUCACAUGAAUUUGUGUUCAUUUGUUACUGUUUCCUUUUAUGAGAGAUCUUUUGUUUAUAAUGAUUCAAUAUUUUGAGCU